AACUGAUAUCGAUUGGACGCAGUAUCCAUACCCUUUGGACAGUAUGAAUUCAGUAAAGGAAGUAAAAAGUAGUGUUUAAACCGAAAAUGACAAUCAAUACAGGAACUGUUAUACGCCAACGCCUAAAAAGAUGUGGCAAAAAUAUGUGCAGUGUGAAAACAUUGAAGAAACGUCUACCUAUAAUUGAGUGGCUUCCAAAAUAUUCAGUUUCUUUUUUAAUACAAGAUGUAAUUGCUGGGAUUACUGUUGGAUUAACAGCUAUACCACAAGGCAUUGCUUAUGCAGUAAUUGCUGGACUACCACCAGCAUACGGAUUAUAUGGCUCAUUAACAACAGGAAUUGUAUAUAUGAUCUUUGGUAGCUGCAAAAGUGUAACAGUGGGACCCACUGCUAUUAUAUCGACGCUAACCGGAAAAUAUGUGAGUGGAUAUUCACCAGACUUUGCCGUUUUAGCAGCGUUUCUCACAGGCAUAGUGCAAUUAAUCAUGGGCAUUUUUAAACUAGGAUUUCUAGUGCAAUUCAUAUCCAUGCCAGUUAUUAAUGGAUUCACUACAGCUAGUGCAAUGCAAAUUGCUGCGUCUCAAUUGAAACCAUUAUUGGGUCUUAGUGGAUCAUCUGGACACAAUUUUAGAGAGUCAAUAGGAAACUUUUUUGUCAAUUUCACAACAAUACAACUAUGGGAUAGUGUAUUUGGAUUUACGACAAUUGCAAUUCUAAUACUAUUGAAGAAAGCCGGCGAUGGAUGUAAAAGAACUGACAGAUUACUGAAAAGAAUGCGAUGGUUUAUCUCAUUGUCAAGAAAUGCUGUCGUUGUGAUUAUUGGAAUAGCGGCGGCUUAUAUUAUUAAAAUCAGGUGGGAUAGUGAACCAGCAGCUUUGAUUGGUGAAAUUGGAAAAGGUCUACCGAGCUUUGGAUUGCCACCUUUUUCCAGUGUUGUUGGGAACGAAACAUACAAUUUUGUUGAAAUGCUUGAAGUUCUUGGUGCUAAAGCAAUUAUAUUACCACUCGUUGGCAUCUUAGAAUCAGUCGCAAUAGCAAAAGCUUUUGCCGAUGGACUUCAAGUAGAUGCUACUCAAGAACUUAUUGCUUUAGGACUUUGUAAUGUAGUCGGCUCUUUUGCAAGUAGUAUGCCGGUUACUGGAUCUUUUACAAGAACGGCCCUCAAUCAUGCUUCUGGUGUGCAAACACAAGCCGGAGGAAUUGUUUGUGUAAUUAUUAUAGUAACAGCUUUAACCUUACUUACAUAUACAUUCACUUUUAUUCCAAAAGCAACAUUAGCAGGUUUGAUUAUAACUGCCAUGUUUUAUAUGCUACACGCCGACAUUGUAGUUCGACUUUGGAAAUUUACCAAAAGAGAAUUCUUCUUGUUUAUUUUUACAAUCUUAAUUUGCUUAUUUGUGGGUUUAGAGUACGGAAUAAUUUCUGGUAUAAUAAUGGAAGCAGCUAUGUUAAUGUACAUCACAGCUAGACCAACUGUAGAUGUGGAUACAAUAAAAAAUGAAAGUGGUGAAUUUAUAGUUUUAUCAUUGGCUGACAGAGUUGCUUAUUGUGCUGCUGAACAUGUACGAAAAAUUAUCAUAGAUUUAUCAUUUACAACUGAUGCGACUGCUGUUCUUGUUGUUGAUGGGUCAAACCUUCGCAGUAUGGAUAUCACAGUAGCAGAUAAUUUGGCGUCAGCUGCUAUUGAUUUUGAAAAAGGUGGUCGUAAAAUUUUAUUCUCAAAUUUUGAUCCUCAUCUGAAAGAUAUGUGUAUUGAUAUUAAUCCUAUUGUAAAAAGUUGUUUCGUAAGUACGUCCAAUUUGGAUGAAUUGACAGCAGCAAUCUAUAAAGAAGUAUAAGAUAAAACUAUAAAUUUAAUAGAUAAUGGUUGAUGUAAGAUAAUUAAUAUGAACGUUGUAAAUACAGAUUCGUUAACAUACGUCUUUAUUUUGUAUGAAAAUGAAUAAAU